AUGGAGACCUCUGUAUCGGCUCGAUCACCUCAAUCCGGCGCUCGACAACCCAGUGCUCCUCGGCGAGUCCGUGCAGCUCUAGCUUGCCAACGAUGUAAGGGCCGCAAGCAGAAAUGUGAAGGUGGCCAGCCGUCUUGUAGAUCAUGUAUCAAAGCGGGUAUCACUUGUGUAUAUGAGCCUACACUGAGACCUCGCUACCCUGGAGGCAAGAUGCUAUAUAUUAACGCGCUUGAGGAAAGGAUCGCCUUUCUCGAGGCACAGUUGCCUGAGCAUAGGCGUGACCAUUUUGGGGGAGCGGAAGACGCCAUCAGCCCAAGUCAUCCACUCGACAGUAACAAUCCAUCAUGUGAUGGCAUGCGAGCCGAACAUUGCAUUGAGGAAGAGGAUUCAACUGUUGUAGACGGCGUGGCUUACCUCUCUCUUUGUGCGUCAGGCACAACAGAUGCUGCUCCAGAGCCCUUCUAUAUGGGGUCAAGCUCAGGAGCAACUAUUGCUCGCCUUAUCCAGUCUGCUAUCUUCAAUGGCAGGAAAGCUUCAAGUGUGUCAGCACAGCGAGAGACGCUCCGCUCUGAUAGUGUGAGCUCAUUCGGCUCAUCGAUACCAACACCUUCCUUCGUAAACAGGUUCUAUCCGUACCCGCAACCUGCUCAGGCCCAGCGUUUAUUUUCUGUAUUUUUCAAUCGCAUGCACACCAAAUGGCCUAUAUUGGAUCGUACCGUGUACGAGAAGGUGUACGAGCGUCAAUACGAUCAAGCUUCGCUCCCGAUCAUUGAGAGAUGCACCCUUCAUCUCAUCUAUGCGAUUUCGGCGAGAUUCCUUCAGUUGACUAAACAGCAAGGAAUUGACGUGGAUCCCGAAGCUCACUUCGUGGCAGCGAUUGAGCAGAUGGACUAUAUUAUGGAACGCCACAACACGUUAACCGUCCAAUUUUUAACUUUACUAGCUGUUUACGGUCAAAGAUCCCCAUACGGGGCGGGUGUCUGGUCACAGGUCAGAUAUGCUAUGACUCUUUGCGUCGAGCUUGGAAUGCACCGAAAACCGACGGCCAACUCACCGCAGCGGGAUCCACGCGAUUUGGAACUUCGACGGCGCAUCUUUUGGUCAUGCUAUUGUCUGGAUCGCCUGACUAGUAUGCUUCUUGGGAGGACGUUUGCUAUAUCAGACCAUGACAUCAAUGUUGAGCUACCUAGCAGCGACACUGCUUUCUGGGAUCUUACCUCAGCUCAUAGCCCUGCUGACUACGGUGCUUGUCAGAGCAAUGUUAUACCCUUCAUUCACGACAUCAAGCUUCGCAAACUCCAAUCCAAGAUCCAACGCACCGUCUUCCGCGUGGACAUCGACCAGAGUUCACACUCUCUGGAGGAUAAAACUCGCGAAGACGCUGAAGUAGAGUCGAUUCGCCAUGAACUCGACACCUGGGUGAACUCGAUCCCGGUAGCAGCAUCCUCCGCGGCCCAAGACGAAGCGCGUUGGAUGUAUGAGCCAGAGGCUAAUGCAGACUCUGAUUCAUGCAACUACUUCACAUUGCAGUAUCAUAAAGCCAUUCUCUCUCUUUACACCAAUGUUUUACCUACACUAUCCGUGGAUGAUCAUCGCUUCAGUGCUUGUGCACAGUCCGCAGCGCGGAUGUGCUCGACAUACAAACGUCUAAACCAGCUAAAGGUGCUCUCUUUCACCAUCAUUGCUCUUCACUCCUGCUUCGUUGCUGGGUUGACUCUAGUGUACUGUCUCUGGCGAGACAAGAGGCUGUUCAAUUUUGAAAUUUUGGAGGCGACAAGAUCGUGCAGUCAAUGCCUCACAAUCUUUGGGGAGAGGUGGCCUGGAGCAGCCAGAUACGGCGAAAUCUUCGAAACGUUACAAGGCAGCGUCAUCCGCGCAAUCAUGGAGCCGAAGCCUAGCAGGAACCUCGGAAGGGACCUUGACAUGCUGGUGGAACCCGCCGCAGCUAAGGCUGGCGCUCCUAACCACACGGAUCCACUCUUGGGCGCGGUCAAGGACGUUUUCAUGGAGGUUGACGAGGAUGUACCGGGCGGAGGCCAAGGUUGGCGCCUGUUCACCGAGAUGGUCCAAUCAGAUAUCCAGGUGCCAGAGUUGAUGGCGGGAGAAAGAUGCACUGUCGGAACAACAACGAGGAAUGACUUCACAACGCCAAAUUGGAGCGACGGAACUGCUAAUCCGCUAAGCAGUUUCGACGAAGCAAUCGGAGCUGAACAAGGUAGCCUCGGGGACCAAGGGCGAUGGGACCAUGGAUUCUUUGCAGGCUACGAUUGA